CUUUACCUUCUGAUCUGACGUGCUGAUGUUGUUGGGUGGGGGGACUAGUAGGGCUGUUUAGUAAGUGAUGUGACCAGAGUGCAAGCCAAAAUCUCAGUCCUAUCUGGAGCACCGUCUAACCCUAUGCGACAGGGUGUCUCGUCAGCUCCCUGCGUUGGAUUACUGUACGUAGCUCGGACUGCAGAGGGUUGAAACCAGUGAUUGCAAUCAAUCUGCUCCAAUGGGGUCAUAACUCCUGCACCACAGACCUACCAAGGUACCGUACCUCUAUCUGCAUCUUAAGAAAUCAUGGACACGACGAGGCUGGGGGUUCAGGAUCACUCAUGAGAACAUGGCAAGUGGUGAGGAAGAUCUGAUUGGUAUUCCAUUUCCUAAUCACAGCAGUGACAUCCUAUGUGGACUCAAUCAACAGCGACAUGAUGGCUUCCUCUGUGAUGUCAUCCUUAUCAUCCAGGACCAAGAGUACCGGACGCACCGAUCCGUUCUAGCAGCCUGCAGCAAAUAUUUCAAGAAGCUUUUCACCACUGCAUCAGUGGUUGACCAGCCAUACAUUUAUGAGAUUGACUUUGUUAAACCAGAUGCAUUUUCUGCCAUAUUGGAAUUUGCUUACACAUCCACGCUAACGAUCACCACGUCCAAUGUCAGACAUAUCCUGGACGCAGCUGAGAUGUUGGAGAUCCAGUGUAUCAUCAAUGUCUGCCUGGAAAUCCUGGAGGCACCAAGAGAAGGGGAAGAGGAAGAGGAGGAGAAGGAAGAAGAUGAUGAUGAAGAUGAUGAUGAGGAUGAAGAAGACACAAAAGACUUUGUCAACCAGGAGAACCAAAUUGAUAUUCAGGAAAGCAGCUGUCACCAAAGCCCUUCUGCAUCUGACCAUCCAGAAGAGACCUACCAUGGAUCUCAAAAGGACUUACCAACCCAAUACUCUUCCACUCAUAAUUCUUCUGGCCACCAAAGUGCUGUCAAGGACUUCUCCAUCGAGUCUUUGUUAAGUGAAGACUCCCAUCCCAAAAACACCUUGUCGGACAAAAGACCAACCAUUUCACAUUUUCUUCCAGGCUUCUUUCCACAGCUUUGGAAUGGAGAUCUGACAGCCUUUUCCCAACUCCAAGAGCAGCAGGUCGAUAUCGGACCUCUAAAUCUUGUCAUCAAAGAUAAAAAAAUUAAGGAGGAGGAGACCGAUGAGAUACCUGCUCUGCCCUUUCCCACUGAUUUCUUCAAAGACACAAUCCUGGACCAUUCCUCCAAACACUUUGGGCAGAUCAAGGCAGAAAUGGACUACAGUGCUUACCUUAGUUUUCUUAGCGCUGCUCACUUGGGUAUGUUCCCACCAUGGCCUUUGGAAGAAGAGAGAAAAAUAAAGCCAAAGGCUUCCCAACAAUGUCCAAUCUGUCAUAAAGUCAUCAUGGGAGCUGGAAAACUUCCAAGACACAUGAGGACGCACACAGGAGAGAAGCCAUAUAUGUGUAAUAUCUGUGAGGUCCGAUUCACCAGGCAGGACAAGCUGAAGAUCCAUAUGCGGAAACAUACCGGGGAGCGGCCAUAUUUGUGCAUCCACUGCAACGCUAAAUUUGUCCAUAACUAUGACCUCAAGAACCACAUGCGCAUCCACACAGGGAUCCGGCCCUACCAGUGCGAGUUUUGCUACAAAAGCUUCACCAGGUCCGAUCACCUCCAUCGUCACAUCAAGAGGCAGAGCUGUCGAAUGUCCAGGCCCAGAAGAGGCAGGAAGCCAGCCUACUGGAGAACCUCCAGUCUACUGUUUGCCCGCAACAACCGUCCGGAAGACGAGGCCUUUGUUAUGGUGCCUCCGAGCCUGGAGAGCGGCGGUAACCACAGGGCCAAUGGGACUAUUGGUGUACCAGGGCCUAGCCCAAAACAUCUACUUGAAGAACCUAAAAACAUUCUAAAUUUGCAAGACUUGGACAAACAGUAUGAGGACUCUCAACUGAAGCUUCUGGAGCGAACGCGUUUGGAGGCGGACAGACAUAGCGGACUGUACACGUUUUCUUUGGCACACAAUGAGAAUAUCUCCCCUCAGCCGUUCUUUGUCGGCGCCGGUGACCCUUGGAAUAUGACUUUGAAUCAUGCUCCACUUUCUGAUCCUAGUAACUAGAACCAAAAUAUUGGCUUCGAGGGGUCCCCACUUCAUGGAGGCAGCCAUGUUGUGGACUGUACCAAUGACAUGCACUUCCUGAUUGGCUGAACUCUCUCUGGACACAAUCAAUGGCUGCCAAAACCAUUGACCGGGUGGCCGGUCCACAUCUAUGAACCGACAUGCACGCUGCUCCACCCCUUGUAGAUGACUUUCUUUUUUUUCCCCAUGAGAUCUUUACAACUUUAUGGAUAUUGACGGUCGACUAAUCAUUCCAAAGAAGCACAGACACCAUAUAUAUGUAUAGUGUGACUAUAUGUAUAUUGGAGUAUAAUGUUCAUUUAUGCAUGUCAACUUUUUCUUCUAGUAAACUUUUUGACAUUAGCUGAAGACCCGGGGUCGUUAUUCAAGUGCCCUGGAGAGGCGAAAAAUGUAUUGUAAAAUUGGGUAGGGUGUUAACUAGUCAAAGGACUUCACACAAUGGGGCACAUUUAUAAAAGCUGUGGAGUAGAAAAUGAUGCAAAUGUAUAAAGCACCUGUCAGCAGGAUGCACCCUAAGCACAGUGAAUGAUGGGGUUUAUCCUGCUGAUUAAAAUGAUACCUGUCUUACGAAAAUCAGUUGUGAUGUUCCAGAGGAAAAAAAGACUUUUGAGGGCUUCAGUGCAUUGAAUAAGCUGAGGUGCACUGAAGGGGCUUAGCCCCACCCUGGGUGCACUGAAGGGGCUUAGCCCCACCCUGGGUGCACUGAAGGGGCUUAGCCCCACCCUGGGUGCACUGAAAGCCUAAUUUGCAUAAAGAACAAAAGUCUUUUUUUUUCUCAGGAAUGCCACAACCGAUUUUCACAAGACAGGUGUCAUUUUAAUCAGCAGGAUCAACCCGAUCAGGCAAUAUGUCUAAUUUUAUAAAGCACCCAUGUCUGAUCUUAUAGAGCACCCAUUUUAUAGCUGAUGGGUGUUUUUUAAGUAUGAUCUGCCACCAUUUUUACAUGUUUUCUGUAAUAGCCAGUAGUGUAACUUGAAACUUUUGGACCCCAAUGCAAAUGUUUAAGGGCCCUCCUUACCACCUACCAAGGGCCAUUUACAAUACUGGUGACUUCUUAUGUGUCUUUUGGGCCCCUUAAGCUCAGGGCCACUCAGCAUACUUACCACCAUUGGUAAAUUUAAGUCAUGUAAGCCCUGACCCAGGAACGCCCCAGCCCACUGGAAACACCCAAUUGUGAGUGGGACUUAUACAAGGGACUGCCUCUAAAAAAUAUAGGACAGUCCCUGCAAAUUUGGGUCUAUUGGCCACUAUUCCUCUGCAACCUCUAUAGCCAACUGCGUGAGCCCCAAUACAAAAUCGGGACCCCACCUAACAUGACCGAGGAUUUAAGUGUGACUGCUACCUCUGCACGCUCUAUAGCUACAGCCCUGGUCCUACAACUCCUGAAUGUCUUUGUUGCCCAUAGCAACUAAUCACAGAGUAGCUUUCAUUUUCUUGGAGCACUAUCAGAAAUGAAAGCUGCUCUAUGAUUGGUCGCUAUGGGCAACAACGACAGCUCUCCCUUUAGAAGGUUUCAUAAGUCUCUCCCAGUUUCCACUACCCUGACUCACUGCUGCCCCCUAGUGAUAUCAUCAUCAUGUCAUAUGACUAUGAUGGCCAAUCGUGUCACAGCCCUGUGCAACGUUUCUUGCUUUGGAUGAGGGUUUCCAAAUUCACUUCAUAACUUAUGGCAUUUUGGGAAAUUUGGUGCAGAACCAGAAAAAAAAUGAAUAAAAGCUACUUUUUAUAAAAGUGUCUCAUAGGCUGAUCCUGUGUGAACUCUGGAUGAUACAGUCCUAUCAAAUACACACUGGUCAUAAAUGGCACUCUAUUCGGGUUAAUUGGGGUAAGGAGGGGGGCUGACUCAAUUACCAGGGAUUCCUGCUUUAUUUCUGCCAACCCUUAGGCCUCUUUCACACAGGCGUUGCGGGAAAAGGUGCGGGUGCGU